CUAAAAAAAAAUGUGUAUCAUAAUGUCAGCUACUUUUUUAUUUAUCAAACUUAUGUUGUUGCUGUUUUAAAGUAGCAUUAAAACUUGUUAGGAUAUAACUAGCUAACUGGUUUUUAAAAAGAAAUAUACAGCAGAGAUUAAGCCUACCAACAAAAAUAUUUUACAUUAAGAUAAAUUAUGCCAUAUUAUUGAUGAGUUGAUGGCUCUUUAGUUUAAAAUAAUAAGUUUCACUGUGUGUUAACUACAAUGAUUAUUGGUUCAUGGAAUAAUCAUCCUAUUUAGAUAUCUGAAGUUUCCUUCAGCUUUGAUACACUGAUCGCUGUCCUUGUCAAAUGGAUGGAAUCAAUCAUGGACAGCGCCUUCUUUUGGCGCUGUCACAAGAGACAUUGGAAAAGAGUGAUGCAGCUGAUAUCAGUAUGGCCCCUAUUGUGUUUACUUUAGGUGGAAUCAUAUGCCUUAUAUUUCUAGUUCUUCUUUGUGUCUGCAAAGAUGGAGAGAAAAAAGAGGAGGACAUUUCUCUUCAAGAAAGAGGACAAGUCAAUGUCACGCCAUUAUUAGAAGAGACAGAGGAAAAGGUCAAGCCAGCUAAUGAUGCAGUGACUAACUGGACUAAUGGAGGUCCUAAAUCUCCAAACACUGGCCACAGCAGACAAGCUAGUGCUGGUUCAGUCAACAUGAGACCUCAGAGUCUGAGAGAACUUCCUGAGCCCCCAGUCUCCAACCACACCAGAAAUACCUCCAUGUCAGGGAUGGAAAUGCCUAGCUCUUCAGUAAAAAACAAUGGUGCCACAGAUGGACCAGAGUAUGCAUAUCCGCAUCAUGUUCCCUUGUUCAAAAACAACCAGAACAAUCGUGGCUCAUCAGGAAUGGACUCCAGUGGGGCAGCUAGUGGUGAGAACAAGGUCAAGUCUCAUUCCGAAGGAUAUGACCAUUUGGGAGUCAAGUCUUCCAGACCUACUGACUAUGACACAUUUGUUGACCCAGUUGGUGCAGAAGAAGUGGAGACACCUGUAUCUGAAACAGGAAGUGCUAGGGAUGGCCAUUUCUCUCGUUUUAGAGAGGAGAUCUAUGCGGUUGUCAGGGAUGUGGGUUCAAGCAAAAAGCAAAGCUCAUUCAAUAACUUCAUGUCUGCACCAUCAUCUAGUGGAGUUGAUCACUACAGCCUGGUGAAAGAUGAAGAUCCUUACAACUCAAUACUUGAUUCAGAUGGAACAGUCUCUCCAGCAGCUUCUCGUCUCAUCAACAAGCAAAAUGCUAAUGAUUUGGAUGACCCUUACUCUACCUGCCAGGAUUCUGGCGGUGGAUUUAAAAGUUUGAUGGAGGAGAUUGGAGCAGUUGGGGGUCUAUCAAUGCAACAACAGCCUUUGCCUGACUAUGGAGAUAGCAAUGAUGAGUAUGCUAUGGUGGAUAAGUCUGGCAGAGUCCACAAAGAGGAAAGAGACAAACAGUUCUUGUUGACAAGAAAUGAACCAGACGAGGAGGACAUACGUCCACCUGAACCUCCAAGGCUGUACAAUGAAGAGGUAGACACAUUCCAGGUGAUCACAUCCUCAGGACACAGAAAAGAGCACAAGUAUUCUAAAGUGACAGCCAGGGAAUCGCUAGCCAGCAUGACAGAAAGAAAUGCUCUCAAUCCCUAUGAAAUAGUCUCAGACCUGCCAGAGAACAUGUACGCUACAGUAGAAGGUGGUUCUGGGGAUGGCGUUGUUCUGAGAAAUAAUACUGCAGCUUCCCACCCUGAGCAGAGGCUAAGUCAGCUCAGUGAUACUUACGCUGAAAUUGGUAUCUCUGGAGGAGGCCUGAGUACCAGUGUGAUCAGCAACAGCAGUAGUGUUGGCGGCAAUAACAACAGUGUCAGCAGUGGGGCCCCUGUUCCUCCGUCUCUGGACUCCCUGCACCUGAUGACCAAGUCGCAGACUUCAAGUGAAGGGGAUCGCCUCAGCGACCGGCACCUUGCGACUCCAGAAGACACAGGCCUGAACCUAUUAGAUGAUGAUGACACAGGGGAGGACACAGAGGAUGGCUACAGCACCUUGAGGAGAAGUGACGGGUUCUCCCCGCGCAACUCUGCUCUUCAGAGCAACCCACUUUCACUACUUGCCAAAGAAGGCUCAGAGGAAACGUCUGUAAAUUUUCAAAGAGUUAGGAAUGACAUUGAUAGAGAGACUGACAAUGAUCCCAACUAUGAAAGUGUAGAUGAAACAAGAGCCAAAGUAGCAGCUCUGAGAGCCCAAGAGAGUAAUGCAGCAGGCUCUAAAACCACCGAAUUCAAAUUGGGCUCUUUAGGCAACAAUACUGCAUCCAAUAAUGUAGCUAAAAUGCCAAGGCGUAGGAUGGAUCAUGACUAUGAGGAAGUCGACAUAACACCACCUUCCUCACCUUUAACCUCUCAGCGCAUAAUUGUCACAUCGUCCUACAUGAGCUCUCACAUAUCGUCUUCAUCAAGUGUCACCACUAGCUCAAGGACAUCUACAUCAGUAUCAUCCAGUCACCAAGAGGACAAUCCUGCCAUGUACGAAUCUCACAUGUAUGAAGAGCUCUCUGAAGUCAGGGCUAAAAAAACUGAUAUGAACAAACCCAAGAAAGCCCCAGGGCAUGGCAAAUCCAACCAGGAGGACAAGAAAAAAGGAGGCGUAGCUGACAAAAAGAAAUCAGCCAGUGGGGAAAAGAGAAAAAGUGAAGCAGAGGAAAAGAAAAAAGAAAAGAAUGAAGAGAAAAGAAAGAGUGGCUCGGAUGAAAAGAAGAAAGAGGAGAAGAAGAAGUCAGAGGAGAAGAAGAAGCACAACUUAGAGGAGAAACACAACCAUGCUGCAGGCCACAGUAAUGGUACGAGACUGUAAACUUUAUCCUCAUGAUGGCACUAGACGGUAAAGGUAAACUUUAUUCCCAUCAUGGCACUAGACUGUAAAGGUAAACUUUAUUCCCAUCAUGGCACUAGACUGUAAAGGUAACCUUUAUCCCCAUCAUGGCUUAUCUCUAAGUAACAACACAUCACUGUAAAGAAUCUUGGGCUCUAGAUCAAAUGUAUAAAAAGAACAUGUGCUCAAAAGUGCCAUUUUAAAACAAGAAAUAUGAAUGCUAGUCAAGCUUAAUUUCUAAUUGAAGUUAACAAAAUAAAGGUAAAUAUAACUGCUCAAAAGUACUGUCAUGAUCUAUAUCAAUAAAUGUUAAAUUGAUAAGUACCAAGUGAAAAUCAUCUCUCUGGUGGGCAAGACGUUACAUACUUAUUGUUCUAACAGCCUACAGGACAUCUACAUUUUUUUAGAAACCUAUAUGAAUGAAUAGUUUAAAAAACCAAUUAAUUAAAUAUUGAAAUUGAUAAUUAAAAUGAGCAUCAGUCACAACCAUGGUAACAUUAGGAAUACUAUUGAUAAUGAUCGACUUUGUACCUGAGGCUUAACAAACUUUUAUGGGGCAGUAGGUCUACACUUUAAUUACUUUAGUAUUAUACAUUAUAGUUACCUCCUUUCUCUCACUUUUAAAGACUUUUUUUUAGUUUCAAAUCCCAACCUUCAUUUGGAUUCAAACUUGUGACUGGCCUUUCCUGUCUUCAAUUUUUAUAAUAUUUUUUUUUCUCAUUAGCUUAUGCUUACUCUGUAAAGUAUUCUCAUCACGCCACUUGGGAAUAUCAAAAGUCAAACGUUGAAUAAAAGACUUGACUAACAAUUGACCCAUUCAUUGAUAAAUAAUUUUGUGCUAGUUUUGCAAUAGGACUGAGUUACCUCUGACAAUAUUGUAUUUUAGCUUUAUUGUUGUUGGUAUAGAUGUUAUUAUUCUGUACAUAUCUACAUGUUUUUUUUUAUUUCUGUGUAAAUGCAUUUAACUUUUGUAUAAUCAAAAUUUGUAAUGUUACUUAUAGGGCUUCAAGCAGAUCUAUUUCAUUACAUAUUUAAUUGUAGUUUAUUGUAUUAAAUGUAUUUUUUUAUUUAAAUUUUUUUGUCCAUUCCAAGAUGUUUUAGACAUUUAUUUUUACAUGUAAAAUAUUUUAUUUAAAGACGGAAUAUUACCUACAUUGUUGUAUUGUACAAAAUAUUUGUUCAAAAAUAAAAUAGUUUGGAGGAAUUUUCUUACAUUAAAAAAAGGUAUUGAUGUUUAUGAAUAACUCAGCCCACACGUGACAUUGUAGGAUUCACUCACUUGCUCAUAUUAAAUUCUUCAUUUUUAAAUGCCUAAGCAACUUUUAAAGACUUUUUUUCUAAUUUCUAAUUAGCUAAAAAAAAUCAAAAUGUGAAUUUAACAGAGAUCUAUAGAAUGCUCUGGAGUUUCAUUCGGAGCAUUGCUUUAUUAAGACGUGUCCGUAAUUAAGAUAUGAUGACAGACAUUCGAGUAUGUUCUGUGUGUAAAUACUGUACAGGACCCUGCCUUGUAUAUUUGUUUUUAUCACAUUUUUAUUUUAUACUGAAUUUCAAUAAAAACAGCACUUUUUGUUUCGUUUAUGUUCUGCAUGUUUCUGUAGCCCAAAUUGUUAUCCACACAAGCCAACAUUCCCCAUUUUUUUACUUACCUCCAGAGUUGUUAUUUAUUUAUUGUUUAAUUUUCAUAAUUUAAAAAUCUGAGUGUAGAUUAAGUGAGAAAAGAAAAUAAUGAAUGUUUCGAACAUUAAAAAUCAAAUGUACAAUUUAUUUUUUAAAAUAAAAACCUAGCUUCUCCCCCCCCCCUUUUUUACAUCCCUCUUAGAUUUUUUUUUUCUAUCUAUAUAGCUUUAGAGAAGACAACAAAAACGUUAGUGAUGUGACAAAGUUUUGUGUGAAGUGUGGUUGAAAAACAUUUUGUUUGACAAAAAAAACAUGUUUUGUGUUUUUAGUGGGAGUGUUCUCUGCUAGUGUAAGCGUGACACUAGUGUUGAAAAUCACAAUAGUACUUUUUACUGGACUUUGGUUGUUUUGAAUGUAUUAAUGUUGUUUUUACAAGUAGCCGUAUUUUUGCUUUUUUAAGAAUCAAAAAUGUUUUGGCUUCAUUGUGAAUGUCAUUUCAAAGUAUUACAACAAGCAGUUGUGAUUGUGUUAUGUUGUGAUUGUGCUUUUGAUGCCAAGUUGAUCAGUUAUGUCAAGAUUGAAAUAUCACAGAUAUUGAAUAAUGUUGCUAGAGUGUCACUUGUCUUUUUUGUUCAGCUUUACUCUCUACUCCUUCUAUUUAACAAGUUCUACUUUCUACUUUUUCUCUUUCUACAGUUCACUUACUACUUUUUUGUCUUCUAUAGUUCUACUUUUUGUUUCUUCUGCACAAGACAAAAGGAUCCCACUUGGAUCAGCCCAGAGAAUCUCUUGUCAUCACUACAUCUUUGCUAAAAAAGAUGUAUUCUUGAAUAACUAAAAACAAAGAUGUAUUCUUAAUUUAAUAACACUUGCUAUAAACAAAGAUGUAUUCUUUAAUAAUUGUCUUAAACUUGUGUUCAGUCAAUAUUUUUCUGCUUAAACAAUUUCACUUAGUGAUAAAUAUAGAGGGUAGAGGUCCCUCUUGUCUCUAGCCAUUGACUAGCUUGGUUGUUAUAUGGACAGGAAAAUUUACAAUGAUCUUGACACUUUUAAAUAGAUUUUUAAUUCAGCUCUUCAAAUUUGGAGUAAAAAAAAAUAGUCUCAUCUGGGUAUUAAAGCUCAAUGCUUAGUAUUAAGUCUAGCACUCUCACUACAAGCACCAUCUCUUGCUCUUCUCUAACAUGUUUAAAGCACUGUCUCUUGUCAUUGGUUGCUCUUCUCUAACAUGUUUAAAGCACUGUCUCUUGUCAUUGGUUGCUUUUCUCUAACAUGUUUAAAGCACCGUCUCUUGUCAUUGGUUGCUCUUCUCUAACAUGUUUAAAGCACUGUCUCUUGUCAUUGGUUGCUCUUCUCUAACAUGUUUAAAGCACCGUCUCUUGUCAUUGGUUGCUCUUCUCUAACAUGUUUAAAGCACUGUCUCUUGUCAUUGGUUGCUCUUCUCUAACAUGUUUAAAGCACUGUCUCUUGUCAUUGGUUGCUCUUCUCUAACAUGUUUAAAGCACCGUCUCUUGUCAUUGGUUGCUCUUCUCUAACAUGUUUAAAGCACUGUCUCUUGUCAUUGGUUGCUUUUCUCUAACAUGUUUAAAGCACCGUCUCUUGUCAUUGGUUGCUCUUCUCUAACAUGUUUAAAGCACUGUCUCUUGUCAUUGGUUGCUCUUCUCUAACAUGUUUAAAGCACCGUCUCUUGUCAUUGGUUGCUCUUCUCUAACAUGUUUAAAGCACCGUCUCUUGUCAUUGGUUGCUUUUCUCUAACAUGUUUAAAGCACCGUCUCUUGUCAUUGGUUGCUCUUCUCUAACAUGUUUAAAGCACUGUCUCUUGUCAUUGGUUGCUCUUCUCUAACAUGUUUAAAGCACCGUCUCUUGUCAUUGGUUGCUCUUUUCUAACAUGUUUGACAUGAUGAGGUAUUGAGUGAUACAGAGCCCUAACUUUCUAAGACAAUGUGUGAGCUGUCAAGCAGCUACUUAAAUAUUAAAUGAAAAUGCCAUUCCAUUGUUUUGUUUGGACUUGACUUUGUGCAAUAUAUCUACAUGUAGCAUGACUGGGAGUUCAUUUUGUCAUAAUACAAAAUGUUUGCAAUAUUUGUGGUGGAGCUAGAUCUGCUGAUUGUAAAGGCUUCGUAAAGUGUACAAUUUUUAAAGCAAACAUUUUUUUUGAAGCAUACAUUUAUUAAAGCAUACAUCAACUAUAUGAGAAAUUAAACCAAUACAAAAUUACAAGGUAAUCUCAGUACAUUGUCAUUGAAAUGCUAAUAGUCUCUACUUCAGAAUAACUUCUUAUAUUGUCAAAUCAGUCUUAGACUUUAUUUUUCUCUCCCUUAUCUAGUAAAAAAAAAAUGUAUUUAUGCACUAUCUUUACAAAAUGAUUUUGUCUUGUCUGUGGGACUUUCUUCUUAUCAGUGCAAGAAUGUUAAUUGGUUAAAAGUAAAUCAUUUGUAAAGUGUUGAUUGAUUCAAUGAUUGAUUAAUAGCAAAAAAAAUGUUUUUAUUUUUAAAUUUAGUUAUUUCAUUUGUAGAUAUGCUCUGCUACAAGCAUGUUAUUAUUACUCAAUUGUCUGAUGAUUAUAUUUGUUAUUGGUGCUACUCUAAAGGAAAGACUAAAACCUUGCUUUACUAUAUUCAAUAUACUUUGUUCUACUUUCUUGUACAGUGUAUGCACAUAUUCUAAAAAGCUCUGUACAGUGGAUAAAACCUGGCAUGUUUUAUUCCCGUAGUUUGUGUUUUUGUCACUAUACAAAGUUGGUGCCUCUAGUAAUAUUUAUUCCGCUUGCCCUGGUGUUAUGUUGUGUGUAGGAGCAGAAUAGCACACUCAAGUAGAAUUAAGCCUUGUAGGUCAGAUCUCAUAUGCUCUGCUAGCAAUUAAACACUAGGGAAAUAAUUAGGAUUCAAAUGUCAUAGACUGUAGUAGUUGUCACUUAUGCUGUGUAAUACAAAUAGUAUGCUAAAAGUAUUCUCCGCAAACCUUCAAAACUUUUUUUUUAAUUUAAGAGGAGACCAAUCCAAUUUCUGUCAUACUUUUGAGUUUUUUAUAAAAGAAAAAAAAAAGUAUCAUUGUUCUCAUUUUGGCCUUUAAGAUAGAAUUUAAAUAAGAAUGUGUUGACUUGCUCUAACUUGUCCACACUCCCCAAGAGACUAAUAGUGAACAACAUAAAAAAAAAGUUUUUUUUAAAAGAUAAGUCCUUGUUUAUGUAGUUGAUGACUUUUUGUAAGCGCAAAAAGAAUCUUGGCUAAUUAGGUGUUGUAUAAAUCUACUCAGAGUACAUACAAUUCUAAAAUGAAAUAGAAGAUUCUGGUUUGGCAAUAGGCUUAAAGAUUCAGACCUAGAUGACGGUGCGCAAAAUGUUCCUAAACAUCUAUUUAUUUAUUUAACUCUUGAAUAUAUAGAUUGUCUAGACCUCCAGACCAAAUUUAAUUUUAAGGAGAUUAUGUUUUGAAAUUUAUAACAGUCAAACCAGAGUUUUUCCCUGUGUAAUUAGGGAAUAUUGUUUUCCCAAAGAUAUACUUAAUUUGUCAAAUUUCUAGGAAAAUUGUUAGAGCCUCUUAAAAGAGGAAUUGUAUAAAAAAAAAAGAACUAGAAAAUAGAAAUGUGAAAACACAAGAAUUCUUAGGAUUCUUAUACUAAAAAACAGAAACAAGAAUUUUUAGGAUUCUAAUGUCUGUGGCACCAAAGUAGACACACUUGAGCUCAUUAUAGGAUUGAGUUGAACUAACACUUAACACACAUUUUUUAGUUUAUUGUCAUUUUUUUUUUACUACUAAUAUGAGUUACACUUGGUGUCAACUUAUUCAGUGUAGGCUGAACUAUAGUUUUGAAGUAUUGGACUUGUUAGUGUCUGAGUAUACAAUUGUCAUAGAGCAGACAUUUUAUUCUUGGUUUUUGUUGAUCAAAAAAUGGAAACAACUUUGUCACUAAGGCUAAAAGUCCACCUGAAGCUACUGUAAAAUCCCAAGUACACUUGUAAACUAGGAAUGCUACUUGCAGUAUUUCAGUUUUCACAAUUUUAUUUUAAUAAUUUUGUUGUUUUGUUUCAAAUCUUUUGUUGACCUUGGUUUCAAAUUUUCCUUGACAGUAUUCAUAUUUAUACAGUUUUUUUUUUAAUUAUUGAUUUUUAAAACUAUAUCUGUAGUUUGUAUAUAAUGCUGUGAACUAUUAGCCUUCUUUGUUCUCUUCAUUGGCUUUGUAUCCUUCUAUGUUUGACAUGAACUAAUAGUUAAUCUUCCUUAGGAUAAACAUGUAUUCACAAUUAAUGUAGCUGUUUUAUUUCAAAUAUAUUAUUUUGGCUGAUUUUUCCUAGAGGUUAUCUCCUGAAUCCUUAGUACCGCAAGGCAGUAGAGUUUUUAUGUCGAAGACCCUUCUUCUUGUAUGAAUAGCCUUACUAGGCUGAUGAGCUCCAUCUGCCAGAAGCUCCCGGUUUUGAGGUGUCUGGUAUCUGCCUUCACUCUUUCACCUGUUAGUAGGAGCAGUUUUGCUGAGCUUAAUAUUUCAGCUACUCAAGCAGGCCAGGUGCUCUAUUUUGACCAACUAUAAGUAAAAGGAGUAAAUGGGGGGGGGGGGGGCAUUAGCCUUUAGUUCAGUCUGUUAAUGAGGUGUUUUUUUUAAUCAAGAGUUAAUUAUUAAGUAAGUUGAUGUGUCAGCUAUUUCUAGAAAUGCCUGAUAAAUAUUAACAUGCCCUGCUAAUGUUCAACAAUUUUAUUUGCUAAAGUUUUCUAGCACUUAUUUCUCAGUCUUGCUUUUUUCUUUUUAACAGUAAUGGAAACUUUUUUUUUUUAAAUAAUCUACAGAGUUACCAAAAUCAAAACAUUUUGUCAUUUAUUCAAUGUAAGUCCUAUUCAUAGUUCCAUUGAUCUUCUCAAUAAAGUAAAAUUAUAUUUGUAUACUUUCUGAAGGAAAAUAUUUCAUUAAUGUGGAUCAUUGUUAAUUUCCAUAUUGUAAUAUUGUACACUAUUUUGUUCUUAUUCAUCACUACUUCUGGCAUAGUGACAUUUUUCUAAACCUACGAUGUAUGUAAACUCAUUUUGUUUUAUUACAUUAGGUCUGUCUAUAGUCUAUACAUUGUUACUAAUUUCCAACAUUCUGAAACAACAAAGCAUAAGGGUUGACUACUGGCUGAUAAACUACAAUCAAACUUCACUAUAGAGCUUGUUAGUAUUGAUUUUCUUGUAUUCUGGACUACAGUAGCAAUAUUUUAUUCAUACUCCUCUCUCAGCUGGGACUGAAAGAUGAACUGUAAAAUGAAAGCAGCGUUUUUAUAGAUAUUUACUUUUUUUUUUUGUCUCUACAAGUACAACUGAAACAUGUUAAUAUUAUAUACUUGCCAUUUUUAUUGUAAAUGAAUUUAGAGCAUUUUUAAAUCAAAGAUUUAUUAUUUAAUUUGCUUGCAAGAUAUGUAGUUGUAAGGUGUAUAUGAGAUCGUUUUCUUUUUUCAUAAUUGUUUUGGUUUACAUUUGAUAUUUAGACUAACCAUUUGUUUUAUUUCUUAACUCAAUGCAUCUAUAGACUUUCCAGUAGAUCUGACAUUAGCCAGUUUAUUUUGUAUAUUCAAGAUAUUAACCUUACUAUAUGCAUCAAUGUAUACAUGAAAACAUAAGUCAGAAAAUAUGAACUUGUAUGUCUGCAAAAGUUUUUUGAAAGCAUUAAACAUAGACUCAAAUUCAUUUGAUUUUUGGCUGUGACUUACAGAAUUGUAGUGCAACCUUAUCUAAUUCAAUAGUAUAGACCAAUCAAUAGCUGCCCACAGGUUGCGAUGUCUAAGGUCAGUGUUGAGGCCUUCUAUAGCAAUUGGUUUUGGCAUGGUGGCUUAGUGGGAAAACAGUUGGCUUCCAAACCAAGGGAUCUCAAAAAGCUAUGAGAACUGGUAUUUUGAAUUUCUGGACUUUCAGGAUAUGAGUCCACCCAACUCUAAUGGGAACCUGACAUUAGACAUUGGAUAAAGUAAAGUGAUUGGUCACUGUGCUGGCCUCAUGACACUCUUGUUAUCUGUUGACCAUAAUAACAGAUGACUUAAACUCAUAUGCCCAUAGAUUUCAAGGCCUGAAAAGGGUACUUUACUGCAUUUACCCUUUAUUUUAUUCAAUUCAAUGAUACCUUUGGAACUUGUUUAGUCCAGUUAACCUUUCCAUACACCACUAUGGGAAUGUUUGCCAACCAGAGGCACUGCAGUUCUUUGUUAACACAUUAGGCAUAAUUUGCAUUCAAGUUUUAUUUGUAUUCUAAACCUUGCUUGUGAAAUAGUUGUUACAAUAGUGAAUGUCUAUUCUGAGCUGCAAUGACAAUAUUUUGUAAGUAGGCCUAGAUUAUGCUGGAACAGUGUUUCUAAAGACAUCACAUCUUUUGCUCACUCAAUACUGACUUGGACUAUUUCCUAUACACCAGUUUUGAAUAUAAGGUUUACCUUUGUCCCUUCUUCACACUGAGCAUAUUUUUUUUUAAUUCAAUUUCCCACUGAUCACACUUGUUAGUUCUCAUAUCACUUCAAAAUAUUUGUUUUAUUUAUUACUUAAUAUUUUUUAGUAUCUAUUUUAUUAAUUCCACAGCAUUCCAAAUUUCUUUGUUUGUUUUGUUUUUUUGGUCAUGUUAGCACAAAUUUGGCAAAGGCACAAUUAAUUUAUGAAAUAUUUUAUUUAUACAAAAUAUUUAUUUUUAAAGAAAAUGUUCACAUUAAUUUAUGGUUAUAAUUAGUACAACAUAGAAUAAUCUUGGAACUAUUUCUUACUUUUUAGAUUCAGGUAAGAUGAUUUUUUUUUAAAUAACUAUACUCAUACCAUAAUUUUAUUGACAUAUUAUCUAUGAUUUAUUUUUUAUGACAUUCUUCUCACCAUAUUUGGUAAUGAAUAAAAAUAACCUAAUCUAGACUAGCAGCUAAUGAUAAACAGUUUAAAUAUUUGCAAUUUUAAUGUUGAGAAACAUUCACUUGUACCAGUAGCAUAAAAAAGUUUUUUCAAAAUUUACCAAAAAUUCAUGUCCUAAUUUUUUGCUUAGUGUUCUAUUGUAAUGUUCAUUUUUACAAGCAAAAAUUAUAAAUAAAUGUUGCCAGGAAUGAUUGAUUUUUAUUAUUUUUUUAAAUACAUAUUUUUUAACUAGAAAAAACACUUAAAUGUCUUAGUUUAAUUUAUUGUUUAAGUCUGGUUAAAGUGCAUGAGCUAAAAGAUAAUUUUCUUGACUUGUAAAUUCAACCAUUGUCUUCAAUAUGUUCAGCAUUUCUUUGUUUAAUAUGUGUCAUUUAUCAUGUAUAAAAUAAAAAAAACAUUCUUACUGUA